GUAUAAAACUAAAUGCAGCCACUUUCUAAUUCCAAGUCCUUCGCCUGUUUAGAGUGCAGCUUUUGUUUAUAUAUAUAUAAGACGAGCAUAAAAGAACUCAUUAGAUUCAGUGCUGGUAAUUGAAAAUUUGCAGUUGUGGGUGAAUGUUGAAGGACAGGAAUGGAAGAAGAAGCAAGAACAAGCCCACUUAUUGAGAAUGGAUUUCUUUUGCCUGGCGAAAAUGAUGGAUACACGGAACAUUUCUCAUCAACCAUUACUUCUAUGUUGGUCUUCAGCACCACAGUUGCUGUUUGCGGGUCCUAUGUUUUUGGAAACUCUGUGGGUUAUUCAUCCCCAGCUGAGACUGGCAUUGUGGAUGACCUUGGCCUUAAUAUGGCUGAGUAUUCGAUUUUUGGUUCAAUAUUAACAAUUGGAGCAAUGAUAGGUGCAGUAGCAAGUGGGCGGAUAGCUGAUAUAAUUGGUCGUAGAGGUGCUAUGGUGGUUUCAGAAACAUUCUGCAUCCUGGGAUGGCUCGCAAUUAUAUUUGCCAAGGAUGCCUUUUGGCUUGAUCUUGGAAGAUUUUCUCUGGGGUGUGGAAUUGGGCUUCUUUCUUAUGUGGUACCUGUAUAUAUUGCAGAAAUUGCCCCCAAGAAUAUUAGGGGAGCAUUUACAUCUCUUAACCAGGUGAUGAUAGGUUUGGGCAAAGCACUUACAUUUCUCGUUGGUUCUCUUGUCAAUUGGAGAAUAUUAGCUAUAAUAGGAAUUAUUCCAUGUCUAGUGCAGCUGUUAUGCUUAUGUUUCAUUCCAGAGUCCCCAAGAUGGCUGGCAAAAAUAGGUCAUAUAAGAGAGUUUGAAUCUUCUCUGCAGCGUCUCAGGGGAAAUGGUACUGAUAUAUCACAAGAAGCAGCAGAUAUCGAAGAAUAUACUGUCUACGUCUGUGAAAACUCAGAAGAUGGAAUUUUUAAACUGUUCCAGAGAAAGUAUGCUUAUUCACUCAUUGUUGGGGUUGGGCUGAUGGUGUUCCAAGAAUUUGGAGGGCUCAAUGGUUUCGCAUUUUACACAAGCACAAUUUUUGACUCAGCUGGUUUCUCAAGCACAAUUGGCACCAUAGCAGCUUCAGUUACUCAGAUUAUAAUGACAACUUUGGGGGCAUUGUUAAUAGAUAAAUUGGGAAGAAGACUGCUACUAAUGAUAUCUGCAGUAGGAACUUGCUUGGGUUGUGUUCUUACAGGAUUGUCAUUCUUCUUCCAGGAUCUUCACAUGGUCAGGGAGGAUGUGACUUCUGUUUUGGUGCUUUUGGGUGUAUUGCUGUACUUAGGUUCCUUUGAAUUUGGCAUGGGAGGGAUACCCUGGAUUAUCAUGUCGGAGAUAUUUCCCAUAAACAUAAAGGGCUCGGCUGGAAGUCUUGUCAAUUUGGUUAGCUGGAUUGGUUCUUGGGUUAUUGCCUACACUUUCAACUUUUUGUUUGAGUGGAGUUCAGCAGGAACAUUCAUCAUUUAUGGUGGCAUAAGUAUAGCAGGUGUUGUGUUCAUUGCAAAGCUGGUUCCUGAGACUAAAGGAAGAACACUCGAGGAAAUCCAAGCAUCAAUCACAAAUUUUGUAGGAACAAUAAGCAUGGAGGAAGAUGGAACAAGAUCACCAUUUUUGGAAGAAAAGGUGGAUCAUAAGAAUUGGGAGAUGAAUGAGCAUUCUUCUUCUUCUUCUUCUUCUUCUUCUUCCUCGUCCAUCACAUUUACGCUUGUUUUCUCCGCAUUAACCAUUGUUUGUGGUUUUUACAUCUAUGGAAAUGCUAUGGGGUAUUCAUCACCUGCUGAAUCUGGAAUCUUGGUUGAGCUCCGCCUUUCUUUGGCAGAAUAUUCGCUUUUUGGUUCAAUAUUAACAAUAGGGGGACUAAUGGGUGCAUUAUUGUGUGGGAAGAUGGCAGACCUCAUUGGUCGGAAAGGUGCAAUUUGGAUUUCAGAUGCAUUGUGUCUCAUAGGGUGGCUUGCAAUUACAUUUUCCAAGGUUGCGUGGUCACUUGACCUUGGAAGACUGUUGGUGGGAAUUGGAAUUGGGAUUCUUUCUUAUGUGAUACCUAUUUAUGUUGCAGAAAUUACACCCAAGAAUUUCAGGGGAGCAUUUGCAUUACUUAUUGCACUUAUGAUGGGUUCUGGCAUAUCAGUUACGUUUAUCAUUGGUUCUGUCUGUAACUGGCGCAUCUUGGCUCUACUAGGUACUAUUCCAUGUCUAAUUCAGCUCCUUGGUGCAUUUUUCAUUCCAGAGUCUCCCAGAUGGCUUGCAAAAGUUGGCAGAGAAAAAGAGCUGAAAGUUGCUCUCCAGAGCCUUAGGGGAAAGAAUGCUGAUAUUUCUCAAGAGGCUGCUGAAAUCAUUGAUUAUACACAGAACUUUAAUCAGACAUCAGAAGAUGGCAUUAAAGAGUUGUUUCAAAGGAAAUAUGCUCUUGCAAUUAUUGUUGGAGUUGGGCUGAUGGCAGUUCUACAAUUUGGAGGGCUCAAUGGCUAUUCUUACUAUUUAAGCUCUAUUUUAGAAUCAGCUGGUUUCCCUAGUAGUGUUGGGUCUGUGGCAGCAAGUAUUGUUCAGAUAGUGAUGAAUAUUUGCAGCUUGUUCUUAAUUGAUAAAUUUGGAAGAAGACCACUUCUACUGGUUUCUACAAGUGGAUGCUGCUUAGGUUCACUUGUAACAGGAUUGUCCUUUCUAUUGCAGGGCUAUCACCUAGGGAAAGAAAUCACUCCCAUUCUGGCACUUGCAGGAAUAUUGGUAUUUAUAGGUUCUGUGUCAAUAGGCCUGGGAGGAAUACCAUGGAUUAUGGUGGCAGAGAUAUUUCCUGUAAACGUAAAAGGUUCAGCAGGAAGUUUAGUAAAUUUGUUCAGCUGGUCUGGGAGUUGGAUUGUUGCAUAUACUUUCAAUUAUUUGUUUGAGUGGAGCUCAGCAGGGGUAUUUCUGAUUUAUGCAAUCAUUGCUGGCUUGGGAGUUAUAUUUGUGGCAAAUUUGGUGCCAGAGACAAAGGGGCGAGCACUUGAAGAGAUACAAGCAUCAUUGAUUGCCUAGACUUAGUCCACCUGUGAUCCAAAAUACAAAUAUGUGGAACUCAUAUAUUUAAUAAGUGAAUAUCAUAUAUUUUGUGUCUUAAGUACAAGAUAAAUCGAGUUCAGGCAAAAAAAAAAAAAAUCCAUGCGAGGAUAAUGGGGUUGAGAUUUUAUGAGAUGGGUUCAAACAAUAUCAAGCAUAAUAACCCAAGAAAUUUAAUUUAAGUGAUUUUUCAUUGCUUAUAAGAUAUCAAAAUUACACUUCA